UUGUGCGCGUGAAGCCGCAUGGUUGACCGAACUGUGUUGUUCUUUCAAUAAACGAGUAACAGACACUACUAAAUUAAAUGAUUGUUAAAGUAGCAGUGACAACUAUUUUUAAAACUAAUACUCGCUAGAUAGUAACUUGUUGUUGACAGUUGACGGCGGUGGCAAUUGGAAUUCGCGGUUAUCAACAUAGCUAAUAAGAACAAGGUGACAUGGUGGCUUCAAAAAAUAAAAUUUAAGGUGGUACUGGCGUUAUUACUUUUUUCGAAUAUUUGCGGAACAUGUGAUGAAAACAUAUUUAUGUCAUUAAAUGAUGAUGACAGUUUUCAUAAUGUCGAUACUUAUAUCAUACCAAUGGAAAAAAUGAUUCCAUUUUACGAAAAAUUAAAAACAUUUCAAAACCGUCAACGACAAUUGACAAAGAAAACCAAUGAAUCAUUUCCGUCCUUUAUUUUCAGACAUAACUUUCAUAAUAAAAAAAAAAAAAUCCCACCUAACAAUUUACCAGUCUCUACUCCAAAAAAAUCCAGCAGCAUUCUUUUUACAUCAACAACCACAUCGUCGCUGGACAAAGAUAACUUUGUAAAUACGCACAUAAAAAACAACAAAAGUAUAGGUGUAAAAAUAAUUGGCCAUUAUUCAUAUGACCACACUGGGAAACCAUUUAAUCACCUUACGUCGACAAUGAAAACCGAGCAAAGAACAGUUAGUAUUUCAACUUCAGGAGUUGAUCGUUAUUUGAAAAUGGGAUGGUACAGUGCGCGAUGUUUAUUGCUCCAAUAUCAACGAAAAGAUUUGACAGAAUCAGAGUUGAAAGUAAUUCGACAACGUUUAAAAGAUUUGAUACAAUUUUGGAUUAAGGUAGUUGGACUUUCCAUAGUAUUUAUGUGGGCAACGUUCGGGUGCUUUCAUGAUCUGUUCUGUUGUGGUGCUAGUUUACCUGAAAACUAUUCGAAAGAAGUUAAUAGGUAUUUGAUUAUGGUACCACCAAAUGUAGUUGUAACGUCAAAAGGCAAAUUGUAUAACUAUCAGCCUACGACUGAAGAAAGAUUUUUAUGGUCAAGUGCAAAAAAACUUGCUACUCUUCGGCUCUAAAAUUAAUUGAAUUUCAAAGUCUAAUAAUCAUUGGCGUAACUAGAAUAUAUUUUUUGAGGGGCUAUAUAUAUAUUUUCUGAAAUUUUAGGGGGUUAAUUGUUAGUUUAAAGGGACUUAGACCCUUAAUUAGUUGUACCAAUGCUAGUCAUAUGAAAUAUUUUAAGCUAUAAUUUAGUUAAUAUGUAACUAAAAAUUUAGGUUGAAUGUGUUUGUAAU